GGUAAAUCGGAGCAGCCAAGUAAUAGAUGGAUUGUCAAAAGGAACUUCGCAGUCACCUCUUUUACGAGAAAUGGCUUCAGGCCUGCGAUGCUCGAAGAGGUGAACCCAGCCGGUCGACCUGUGUCCUCGGUGUCUUUCCAACGAUCACUAUCGCAGUUGAACCGAGACUACCGCGGCAAAAGCCUUCCUCGGAUAAGGCGCGGAAACGUGGUCAUGGACAGAUUCAUCGCGAGUCGCAGUUCGACGCCUGUUCCGGCCGAGAAAUCAAAUGAGCCUGCUACAGCUCAGAUGCUUGAUAAAUCGAGCGUCAGAAGACGCCCAAUGUUACAGACCCGGUUGCAGAGUCGUCAGACAAGGAAGCGUCCACCAAGACGGUUGGAAGUCAAUGCGCUCCAAGAACAGCAGCCGCUCCAAGAGACAAUAACAAUCUCAGACUCGCAUAGGGUAUCGGAGGAACCGCAGCUUUUUAGUUGUCCCGUCGGGGCUCUUGAAGGGUUGCAGCGAACGUAUCUCAUUGACUUCAACAUUACUCCAUUGGUUUCAGGAACGUUCUUUCAUGAGUCAACCUUCAUUGGGAGCGGAGAGCUUUGUCGCUCCCUGAAGAUUCUCACCAGAAACCUCGACACUGACGCUGGAGUUUUCACUUUGCAUCUUGAAGACGAACGUCACCGCUGGGGUGCUUGGAAUGAUGCCGUUUCUUCCGGUCUCGGACUUGCUUUUGACAAGAUUGUUGAGGAACUGGACAGACCGGUCGAGGGUCCAGCACAGUCUCUCACUGGAAGUGUCGACAAGCAAGGGUGUAUGGUGUAUCGGUCCUUGGUAAAAUACGUCACAGACACUCUGUCCUUCAUCGAUCCGAUCGAUCGAACGGGGUUCGUGAGGCGAGCGCAUAGCCUUGUUUCCAAGGUUAAUGACACUUUAGCGACGCUGGUACCGACAACCGAGCCGGAGAUGGAUCACCUCCUGACAAUAUCUUCUUAUAACACUGUAUUCGUGAAUAUGCUGCUUCAGAUUGCAGGACACGAACUUGUGGAACUCAGCGUUGCUGACGAGGUUAUGAUUUCAUUGAAGCUGUCGUCGAAGCUGACCGUUGCUGUUAUGGCUAGCGAAUUGGGGCAAUCCAGUAUACGCAAACACCUUCAAGAUCUGGAGUCUACUGAGGCCCGUGAAGGAGGAAUUCGCAGCGGCAGAUCUUCCCUUCAAGCAUAUGUCACUGUUCGACAUGUACUGCGCAGCAAUGAGAGUGUGAAAGGAUAUUUCGAGGACCUACUAACCCAGGCCUACACACUCGCUGACGAAGGCGACGUGAGAAAUUCCAAAACUGUCUCUCAGUUGGAAGCUGCGUGGCGAAACGUAUUCACACCCUUGCCCCUGAACGAAUUCGAUGUUCGUGGCAUUGCCCAGAUUGGUUCACGAUUCCAUGAACAGCAGGACAACUGGCCCGUCAUCAAAAUGUUGCUACGUCCUGCGCUCGAGAGCUAUGAAGCUACUUCUGUCGUACAGCCUGUCUCGUGCUACAUUUAUUGCCGGGCUCUGUUUCAUAGGUGCUUCCACCUCAUCAAUGGCUGGGGUUGGUGGGAUUGCAAGCCAGUUUUGGAUACUUUAUACGAUUUCUUCGCCAAGAAUACUUUGUACAAUUUGAGGCAAGAAGAGAACUACAAGUCCCCAUCUUUUCUCAAUGACCUUGAUCGCAAUCCUUCGUUGCAAGUGCAGCCUGGCGAGCCAUGCUUCCAUAUUCUGCUCAAGAUUAUUGCAAGUGGAUUGAAAUCGUUGUCGAAGUCCUACGAAAAGAAGAAAGUUCGGAAUUUCGCCUGGCGCCUGUUGCCGAACCAUGGCCGGAUGUACCCUAAGGAAAAGCCCAUCCAACAGACCGACUUGGAUGCCUUGAGAAACCACCACGACCUGCUUUGCACGCUGUACUAUGCAGUUCCUGACGGAUGCCGGCCUCGGUUGGAAACCAUCCGGGAUCUCGUUCACCCUGCAAGCUCUCAUAGAGAAACUUGCAAUAUCAGUCUUCGUUCCUGGGAUCGACUGGUUCGCUUCAAGCUGUCAACUGACGAAGAAGUCUCGGGGCUUGAGCCAUUUGCAGAUUGGCAUUGUUACUUUGUGACCGAGCUAUUGAAGCAGCAUGUAAUGGCUCGGCAAGAGGUUGAAGCCCAGAAUAAAGUAGGAAACAAGUUCUCCGAUAAAUUGGUCGAGAAAACGAUAGCACAAAAUCAGCGUCAAAUUGAAUCGUUGCUGAAGACAGCUCUGAGCAACCUAAAAAGUGCCGUCAAGGCAGCACCAACAUUACAGCAUGCUCAAAAACUGGUGUCAAAAUUGCCCGUGAAAGCGCUAUUAGGGCUUUUCAGUCCCCAGCUUGCUCGCGUGAACAUCAUUAUCACUGAGUCUCUCCUGGUGGUUCUUGCCUAUCUUGAGAAAUGCAACGCUUCUCAAGAGCAGGCCCCAGGAACAGCAGGGCAACCCGUCGCGCAGGACGAAGAUAGCCAAGAGUAUGGGGACUGGACCGACAUUGAAGCUGUAUACGGGGCAAUGACUACUACAGCAUCACUUGAGAUCGAGUAUGUGGAGCAGACUUUCCACCCUGCUGUGUCCCGACUUGUCUCCAACUGCUUUGGUGAAGACUAUUGUCCCGAGGAUGCAAUCCUUCUCAGUGCUGUCGAAUGUUGGACCUCCAUCGCGCAAACACUUGUUAAGCACGGACUGCGACAUUGGGACAGCUACCUGAACCCUUACAAUGGCGAUUCGUGGGCAGCGCUUCGAUCAACCAUGCAGACAAGAAAGUUUACACCCUUUUUCUUAGCAAGCUGCAUUGAGAAAGACGCUCGGUGCAUCGUGGACUGUAAAGUUCAGAUCCUUGGCAUGUGGAUGGCCAGCUUGGUCGAACGGGUCGCCUUAUUGAAAUACCAACACCGCUUGACUGAGGCGUUAUUGAAUCACGAGGAGGCCAGUCCUGUAUUGCAGAAUCUGCCAUUUGCCCUGGACCGCAAGAAGGGACGAUAUUCGCUCAGCUUGGAGGACAUCAGCCAGCGUCGGUUGUCGCUGAUAUCCAGUCUUUUAUCCAACAUGCGUUCGCACCUUCAAGACCUUGAAGACGCUGGCGCACGCGAUUAUUCGAGCACAAAGCAGGAAUACGCAGAGGCAAUCCAGAGAAUGAUGUCAUCGAUGAAGGCCAAUUAUCAGGAGCUAGGAAAUGGUACCAAGAGCGUCCAGGGGGCCUACGUUGAUCUUGUCCAUCGAGUUGUAGGGUUCCUGCAGCAACACAGCAGACAGAUCUGCCCUAUCGAUCCGUUUUUCAUCGAUCCUGCUUCCUUCCCGCUGCCUUCCACGGACCCAACCUACAUCGUCGCCAGAUUAAAGAGUUAUGAGCCCAAGGUCUCAAUCGAGAGUGGGGCGAAAACGCUAGUGGUGUUCGUCCAGAGCGUCUCGGAGCGGGCCGCCAUAGAUGGCCAACAGGAUUACCUCGUCAACCAGUUGCAUUCCUCGAUGAGCGAGACCUACGAGAGCGGCAGCCCGGACAAGCCCACGCUAAGGUCGACAAUGCUGCAGGCUGUGUUCCCUGCUUACCUCGAGACAGCGUUCAGCAGUCGGGCGGCGUGGAUCAUAAGCCGGCCGAUUGUGCAUACCACCCGCCUUGUCUUCAAGGAGCUUCUCUUCACCUUCGACUCCACAGAUGCUGCGUGCGUGGGGUCGGUCUUGAAUAUGUUUGCCUGUGUUUUUGGACCAUCGUAUCGUGCAUUGCAGCUUCCUUUGUUCCGAAACGUCACUUUGCUUACCGACCCCGCCGCAGCGAUCACCGCUGCCUCGUUCUUGGAUAUGAUCACGUCCGCCUUGCCGAUUGUGGAGUACAUCGACCGCGGUACCACAGACCAUCGUGCAGCCAGCGACAGCAUCAUCCUCCAGCUGCGGGCCUUCCGCCAGCUUGCUCUCGUCGCCCUCUCCAUUUUCCCCGAAAGAAUCGAAAAACCAUCUGACCUUUCCGCAGCCAUCUUUCCUGGUGGCGGGGACUUCACGCAGCACACUGCAGCCUUCACUUCAUACCCAGCGGCCCCCACAACCCCGGCUUUCUUCCCCGAGCUCCGCCACAGUGCAACCCGCGAGCUACAGUGCUACAUCUACGAGAACUGGUCUUGUCACCAGGGCAAAUACUACUUCACCCGCCGAGGCGGGCACCAACCCCAGGAAGUCGAGGUGGAACCCGCAGUGGCUGUUCAACUCGAGCAAUCUCCCCUGCUUGCGUUGCGGACUGCAGCCCAGAGCUUCCUGGAUACGUUAGGUAAACUUGGUCUUAUCGAGGAUGACGCGGAUGAUGAGUGAAGCCUUCCUGUUUGGCUUUACCUGGUUUACGGUGUUGGUGAGUAGGUUGAUUUGUGCUAUUCUAAAGCUUAUAUAUUCAUGCAUGAUGAUUCCCCCCUUGUUGAGAGUUGAUGUACCGCGUAUGGCUGUGGGUGAUGGGGUUGAUAAAGGAAUGAUAAUAAU